AUGGUGCAUAAUGUCACUGGACGGGAGAGCACUCGUGUCACGGUCAGGGCUGAUAGCCCUCGGCUCAAGGACCUGUGGCGUGUACUAUUUUGCUUUCACGGUGUACCACCGACUCAACCAACUCCAGUUUGUUCAUCGUUCGUUUGUAAGCAAGCAGAUUCAGCGCAAGCGAACGGUGAUAUAACCAUCGGAUCUUCUCUGACCGCGAAAAAGGACGACUCUUCAUGGCUUUCACCUUCCGGGGACUUUGCAUUCGGCUUUCGUACGCUACCUGCCAACCCCGACAACCACGGUGAGGUCUUCUUGCUCUCCAUUUGGUAUAACAAGAUACCUUCGAGAACAAUCGUCUGGUUCGCAAAUGGAGAUCAUCCUGCACCUGAAAAUUCGAAGCUAGAGUUCACUUCCGAAAUUGGCCUGGUUCUCACUGAUCCACGAGGGCAAAAGAUUGUGGAUAUCAGAGAACAUCGUCGGUACUAUCUCGCAUGCUACCUUCAACGACACAGGCAAUUUUAUUAUUCUCGGUUCAAAUUUGGAGAAUCUAUGGAAAGCUUGAAGAUCCCGACGACACAUUGCUUCCUUCACAAACGCUGGGAAAAAAUAAGUACCUUUCCUCCUCGUCAUCAGAAGCAGUUUUCAGAGGAAAAUUCAGCUUUGGAUGCUGGAGCGGAGACCUCACUCAACACCAUAAACCUGCCUUCCAAUGCAAACGAACCUUAUUACAGCACUGGAACUGCCCGAGAUUCGAACACGUCGAGCCCGGGAAAGAAGUCGUGUUACGAUUCAGCUCUCCAUUUGUUCUGA